AUGAGUAACAAAAUAUACUCACAUGGAAAUAUACCCUUUUCUUGGGAGAACAAGCCUGGGGUAAGCAAGGUGAAGCAACAAGAUGAUAAUUACCAGAUGGAUCCCCAACCCCUUGCACCACCACCACCUCCACCACCGCCGCAGUUGCCGGAAAAUUCGAGGGCUUCUAUUCAUCAUGACACGAAAAUCCCACUUCCACCUUGUGCUUUUCAACCAGUACCGGUGAGAAGUUCUUCAAGGAGAGGGCUUAAGAAGAUUGACGAUCCAUUUCUUAUGGCAUAUAAAGAGUGCACAAAGAGCAGUAAAAAUGAUCAAAAUCCAACGCGCUCAAGCGGGGAGGAUCAAGGGUUUGGAUUGAAGAAGAAUAUGUCUUUUUUUUCAUGUAAGAAGUCUUGCAGUGUGAUAGAGGAUAGUAUAGUCCAUCCUUCAAAGCUUUUGGUUUCAAGAUCCAUGAGAGAGAAAGAGAGAGAUACAGAGAGAGAAAAAGGCUCCAAUCUUGAUUCAUGA